AUGUCUUCACUAGCCACUUUGAUCUACACUCCUCGCUCUAUCGGUCUCUUUGCCAAUGGUGUAUUUACUGGCAUCGGCCUCUGCAUGAAUUAUGUCUGUGUCCCCGCUAUCAAGGCUACCCAAGAUCCAUUGCCCGUCUUUUACCAAGUGUAUGGCAAAGCAUCCAAAAUCGCUCAGCUCAGUAUCGUUGUGAGUACAGUAGCUAAUGCAGUAUGCUACUACAGAACCAAAGAUACUCGAUUCAUCUACUCUACGGCACUCUCCUUUCUGAGCAUCCCUUUUACUCUCCUCUUCAUGAUGCCUGUCAACAAUCAACUGUUUGCCAUGGAGAAGGACGGUGCCAAUUACGAUCGCAAGCAAGUCCAUCAACACGUUGCAAAAUGGAACAAGCUCCAAUAUGUCAGAACUAUCUCUGGUACUGCUGCCUUUUUGAUUAAUAUUCUUUACCGCUAA